AUCAUGGAUGGAGUUCCAUUCCCGCGAAACGAAAACAGCUUUGAACUGCAUGUAGUAAGUGCACAAACGUCAAGGGCCCGUCGGCUUGUUUCGGCUAUAUAUUAUGAUUCAUUGACGCUAUCGCAAUGUAGACUCUGAUUCUUUGCAGUUUCGCCUCUGCCUUCAUAAUGUCUGGCCUUGAUAAGAACGAUUUUGAACGCGCACUCAAGGACAUCUUUCAGGGAGAAAGUGCCAAGGACAAAAGCCUGUCACAGGUUCGAAAAUGCAUCAAGCGCCACGCUCAAAACCCCGCGAUAUCGGCCUUGGUUCAGUCCAGCAGCAUGGAGGCUGUCAGCAAACUAGCACAUGGACUGUUAUCUUCUGGAGCUUUCGAGACAACUCCCUUGCCCGAAAUACAAUCCGGCAAACUGUCGGGCUCCAAGCCGCCUGCCGUCAAUGGAUGCAAUGGGAUAGAGACUUUACUUAGGCCUCAAACCAUGGUCUCCCCUGUUCCCUCUUCGCCCCCCAUCGUUCAGACCUCGUCUAGCAUCAACUCAACGCAAGGGUCAGGGUCCAAGUUAUCUGCAGAAGGCAAAGAAAGGGAGCCGCUGAAAGCUGCACAACUAGCGCCGCCUUCAGAUCAAGAUCUGGAUCUUUCUACAGCCUUGCUGGAGGUGGACUACUCAACACAGCAUCGUGUUCUCACAUGCACACAAUUCCUCUUGGAGCAGGCUUGUUUCGAUUUUGCCAAGCGUACAUUUCCCUCCAUAUUAGAGGAAAAUGGGUGGGACUGUGCCGAGGCCCUCGAGCUGAACCUGAUGGCGAAAGCUCUAAGCGCACGUCCGCGGGGGCCAAGCUCGAGCCUGAAACUCAAAUCAAAACCAAUCCAAGGCUGUAUAGAUAUUAUAUCGGAAAUUCGACAUGCGGCGGUUCACCGUCAUAGACUCAGCGCCAAGACACUUGAUCAGCACUUGCAUACCGCAGUGGAUCUACUUGAGGCGUUCGAUGAUCGUGGGCGCCUUGAGCAGAUAAAAAAGCUAUCUGACAAGAUCCGUUUUUUGCUGUUGCAGCUUGAUCUUGAUUCGAACACGAUCCGAUCAGCGCUCAGCAAAGAGGAAGUACAGAUCGAGAAUCAGAUCCGCUUACUAGACCAAAGAAAAGAGGCUCUGCGUUUCAGAGCCAAGACGUCUCUACAGCGAACUCAGACCGCCGCUAGCUUGGAUCUUGAAGAAGCUCUUUAUUCUGCUAUUCCGCGGACUACCGCAGGUGCAACUCUGAAGGAAGGGCGAUGUUUGCUGGGAGCAAUGAUUACAGUUAUUGUCUUCACAGCAUUCUUGCUCUGGCGCAUGCGGGACUGCUAAAUGCUUCAGAGUCUCGAUGGCGCCUCGUCGCGAGUCUAGCUUUCUCCCUGACCUUGGAUGGCAGAUUUCAAGAGCCGAAUUGCCAAGAGUCUGCCCAGGAAGCUAGCAUAGGCAGCUGUAGACGUCUGGGAGCUUGAACAGACCUCGAUCAGGGAUCGCUGAGUCCGGUUGUUGCGGUAUGCAAUACUGUGACGGGGACAAGGACGGCACGGAACAAAUUACAAGGCGACUCAAUGGUGGUUGCUGGAAGGUUGUGUGUGGCAGAAGCAAUGUCG